AUGUCGAAGAAGGCCCCCACCACAAGGGGCGGUUCUGCACCUCCAGAACAACCGUCAUCUCAGAUACAACAACAGCAAAUUCUUUUACUGCAAAAGCUAUGGACUUCAUACUCUCAAACCACCCCACAACGCCUGAAGUUGGUUGAUGCUUGGUUGAUAUUUGUGAUGCUGACAGGAGUCAUUCAAUUUGUAUAUGUCAUUCUGGCUGGAACCUAUCCUUACAAUGCCUUUCUAUCUGGAUUUUGUGCUAGUGUUGGAAGUUUUGUUCUCGCAGCCAAUCUCAGGAUACAAUCAAAUCCUAAAAAUGCAGAAGAAUUCGGAAACCAAAGUCCUGAAAGGUCUUUUGCAGACUUUGUCUUCCUCUCAAUCGUCCUGUAUGGAUUUGUAAUCAACUUUAUUGGAUGA